AUGAAGUAUGUUUUAGUCACUGGUGGAGUGGUGAGUGGACUGGGAAAAGGGGUGACUGCUAGCAGUAUUGGGCUCAUCCUUAAAGCUUGCGGGUUGCGUGUUACUUCUAUUAAAAUUGAUCCCUAUUUAAAUACUGAUGCUGGGACAAUGUCGCCAUUUGAGCAUGGAGAAGUAUUUGUCUUGGAUGAUGGUGGAGAGGUGGACCUGGACCUAGGAAACUAUGAACGCUUCCUGGAUAUUAAGUUGACACGUGACAACAACAUUACCACUGGAAAGAUUUACCAGUCUGUCAUUGACAAAGAAAGGAAGGGAGAUUACUUGGGAAAAACUGUUCAGGUUGUACCUCACAUUACCGAUGCCAUACAAGAGUGGAUUGAACGAGUGGCAGCUGUACCAGUUGAUGGGAAAGAGGGUCCAGCUGAUGUUUGUGUCAUUGAAUUGGGCGGUACAAUAGGAGACAUUGAAUCGAUGCCCUUCAUUGAAGCUCUUGGACAGUUCUCUUAUCGUGUUGGAGCUGGCAAUUUCUGCUUGAUACAUGUGAGCCUUGUGCCUGUUCUGAAUGUCGUUGGUGAGCAGAAAACAAAGCCUACUCAACACAGCGUUAGGGGAUUAAGGAGCUUGGGUCUCUCGCCAAAUAUAUUAGCUUGUCGCAGUACAACGGCACUUGAACCAAAUGUAAAGGAGAAACUUUCCCAAUUUUGUCAUGUCCCGUUUGAGAACAUAAUUACCCUGUACGAUGUGCCAAACAUCUGGCAUGUACCUUUGCUUCUAAGAGACCAGAAGGCUCAUGAAGCAAUCUUGAAAGUCCUCGACCUGCAGGGUGUUGCUUGUGAACCUUCUUUGGGAGAAUGGACAUCUCGGGCCGAACUUUGUGAUAGAUUGCAUGAACCGGUUAGAAUUGCUAUGGUUGGGAAGUACAAUGGCCUUUCUGACUCUUACUUAUCUGUUCUAAAGGCUCUUUUACAUGCUUCUGUUGCUUGCCGUAAGAAGUUAUGCAUUGAUUGGGUUCCUGCCAGUGACCUAGAAAUUGCAGCCGCCCAAGAGAGUCCUGAUGCAUAUAGAAGUGCUUGGAGUCUGCUGAAGGGUGCAGAUGGUAUUCUCGUUCCUGGAGGUUUUGGUGACAGAGGGGUGGAGGGUAAAAUUCUUGCUGCCAAGUAUGCUCGUGAGAAUAGGAAACCAUAUCUUGGAAUAUGUUUAGGGAUGCAAACUGCAGUAAUUGAGUUUGCCCGAUCUGCCCUUGGAAUGGUAGAUGCAAAUAGCACAGAGUUUAAUGCCCACACUCGAAACCCAUGUGUCAUUUUUAUGCCAGAGGGUUCUAGAACUCAUAUGGGGGGUACAAUGCGGCUGGGUUCACGAAGGACAUACUUUCAAGUUAUGGAUUGUAAAUCAGCUAAGCUAUAUGGCAGUAAGAACUAUGUUGAUGAGAGACAUCGUCACAGAUAUGAGGUAAAUCCUGAGAUGGUACCACAACUCGAGGCCGCUGGUCUUUGCUUCACUGGGAAAGAUGAAACCGGUCGACGCAUGGAGAUUAUCGAACUACCAAAUCAUCCUUACUUUGUUGGCGUUCAAUUUCAUCCUGAAUUCAAAUCAAGACCUGGAAAACCUUCUCCAGUUUUCUUUGGACUUAUUGCUGCAGCCUCAGGCCAACUGGAUGGUUGGUUAACGAAGAACAAGGGCACGGCCUCAGCGAAGCCCUCUUAUGGGUUGAGCAACGCUUCUGUCUUGAUGGAUUGAGAGCAAUGGUCCUUCGCACAUAAUAUUGGAAAAGCAACUAAGCAAGCUAGUAAAUCAUUUGAUUGGAUGUACUGCAUUGGAAAUGGUUUACAUGUUUAAACCUUUAAGUUGGUUCUUUUUUUUCCUGGCUCUGAGGAUACUAUAUCAAGAUGAUGGCCCCGUCGCAAUGAGUGUGAUUGAAUCAAAUUUUGGUGCUAGCUUCUUGCGAGGAUUAAUUGAUGUUAGACGUGCAAAAUGAUCUCAGCAGCAUUAUUACAUUUCAUUAACAGUACGAAAAAUUUACC